GCUGAUACGAGAACACUAUUGGGACGAUCAGUGACUUCAUUGGGAGAGCCUAUAUAGGACGUUAAUUCUACAAGUGUGACGAAGCAGUCUACGAAGCAAAACACGUGGUCGUAACUUAUGCGGCAGACAGGGUAUACACACCUGAAGUGUGUGUGACCAGUACGUGGCAGCUUUCCCUGAAGCACGAUGGAGUACGUGAGAAUUAAUUCCGAGGGAAAUCUAUAUGAGUGCAAAUUGUGUGAUGCUUCCUUCUCCUAUCUGAGUAGAGUAAAGUUACACAUGAGAACUCACUCGGGAGAGAAACCGUACAAGUGCGAUCUGUGUGAUGCUGCCUUCUCACAAUCGGGUCACCUGAAGUCACACAUGAGAACACACACUGGAGAGAAACCGUGUAAGCACAUGAGAACACACUCGGGAGAGAAACCGUAUAAGUGCGAUCUGUGUGAUGCUGCCUUCUCACAACCGGGUGCUGUGAAGUCACAUAUGAGAACACAUACGGGAGAGAAACCGUAUAAGUGCGAUCUGUGUGAUACUGCCUUCUCACAACCGGGUGCUGUGAAGUCACACAUGAGAACUCACACGGGAGAGAAACCGUAUAAGUGCGAUCUGUGUGAUGCUGCCUUCUCACAACCGGGUGCUGUGAAGUCACACAUGAGAACACACACGGGAGAGAAACCGUAUAAGUGCGAUCUGUGUGAUGCUGCCUUCUCACAACCGGAUGCUGUAAAGUCACACAUGAGAACACACACGGGAGAGAAACCGUAUAAGUGCGAACUGUGUGAUACUGCCUUCUCACAACCGGGGGCUGUGAAGUCACAUAUGAGAACACACACGGGAGAGAAACCGUAUAAGUGCGAACUGUGUGAUGCUACCUUUGCAUACUCUGGUAAUCUGAAGACACAC